AAAAAAUAAAAAGUCAAAGAUAUUCAUCAUCUUCCUCUGUCUGUCGAUGAGGAAUAUUCCAAACUCUGACGAAUUGAAGAUCACAUUUUCUCCAUUCAGAGCCCUAAUUUUCCAAUGACUUAACAUGGUGAAAUCCCCAUUUCAUACAUGGCUACAGCUGUUCAAGGAUUUGUCGGUAGAACCCACCUCAUUUCCCGUGGCCCUCUCAUUUACUGUGCGCGCAAGGUUCGACAUAGAAGCUCUGUUGCAGCUGUUGAAUCUCCUGUUCAAUCAGUCGAUGUUGUCAAAGAAAAAGCUCAACAGAAAACAACAUCGAAUGAAAAGAUAGGUAAUGAUGAUUGCAAGGCACCUGAAUGGAAGAAGUUGAGUUCGAAAGAUCUCGGAAUAAGGACGUCAAUGAUUGGGAAGCCCACGAAAUUGGUUUUAAAUGGGCUGAGGAAAAGGGGGUAUGAGGUCUAUCUUGUCGGAGGAUGUGUGCGGGAUCUUAUCCUAAAGAGAACUCCCAAAGAUUUUGAUAUCAUAACUUCAGCUGAGCUUAAAGAGGUACUGAAAACGUUUCCUGGAUGUGAAAUAGUUGGAAAACGGUUCCCCAUAUGCCAUGUGCACGUAGAUGAAACCAUUGUGGAGGUAUCAAGCUUUAGCACUCAUGGAAGAAAUACCAGUAGGAACCCAAAUUAUAUAAUCAGAAAACCUCCUGGUUGCACCGGACAUGAUUAUGUUCGCUGGAGGAAUUGCCUACAAAGGGACUUUACAAUCAAUGGGUUAAUGUUUGAUCCCUUUAAAAGGACAGUGUACGACUAUACGGGUGGAAUUGAAGAUAUUAGAAAAGCUAAAGUACGAAGUGUAAUUCCUGCAAGUGCUUCUUUUAUGGAGGAUUGUGCUCGCAUUUUACGUGGGGUGAGAAUUGCAGCACGUUUAGGGUUUCGUUUCUCUAGAGAAACAGCUCAAUCAAUAAAAACAUUAUCUUGCUCUGUAUUAAGGCUUGACAAGGGAAGGAUUCUCAUGGAAAUGAAUUAUAUGCUGGCAUAUGGGUCUGCAGAAGCUUCUUUGAGAUUAUUAUGGAAAUUUGGACUCCUAGAGAUACUACUACCGAUCCAGGCAGCAUAUUUUGUUUCUCAAGGUUUUCGGAGGCGUGAUAAGAGAUCUAACAUGCUUUUGUCUUUGUUUUCAAGGCUGGAUAGACUUCUGGCACCUGACCGCCCCUGCCAUUGUAGCUUAUGGGUUGGCAUCCUAGCAUUUCAUAAAGCUCUAGUAGAUCGACCCCGGGAUCCUUUAGUGGUUGCUGCAUUUACCAUUGCUGUACACAGCGGAUCUUUGUUUGAAGCAGUAGACAUUGCGAGACGCAUCUCACAACCACAUGACAUGAGCUUCCAUGAAUUAUUGGAACACAGGACCAUAGACUCGGAUGAUGAUUUGAUAACUGAGGUCAUGGAUCUUGCAGCAUCGAUAAAUGAUGCAUUAUAUAAGAUGACAGACGAGCAUUUUGUUUCACAAGCAAUGAUGGAAUACCCGCAAGCACCUCGCUCAGAUCUGGUCUUUAUAUCAUUUGCCUUGUCGUCUAGGGUGAACAUGCUAUUCGAGUGUGUUAGAAGGGGAAAGGUGAAAGGAUUUGUACCCAAACGAGGGAGCAGGAUCAAUUACGAGUCUUUAGCAUUGGGGAAACUGCAGGAAGUUCAACAUCUGUUCGCAAGGAUUAUUUUUGACACAGUUUACCCUCCAAAUCUGAAGAGGGAAAACAAUUCUGUAGAUGAAAUUGGAAAAGCUCACUGAGAAAUGCUGCACGGCGAAGGACUGAUUGGAAGGCAGCAAAGUGGUCGGAAUAGAGUAUGACAACCAGAGGAAAUUCCGGCCUCAGCGAGUCUAGAGCUUCCUUGAGAUAGUUGUUUUGAAACACUGCAAGCUCAUUCAAACUGCUCAAGCACCCUAAAUCGUCAUAAGCGCCAGGAUCACGACUAGAGAAUGCUGUCAGGUAGAGAGGAAGGCAUCCAAUAGGAAAUUUUCCAGGAACUACUACCCGUACAGCACCAAGGCGUAUCACUUCCUACAUUAGAAAAACUCAUUUUAACAGAAAUGUGUAGGAUGGUUUAUGAGAGGGAACAAAAUUUUGCUUCAAAAGAAUUGAAACCACAGCAAAGACAGAGAAGAGAGCUUACUCUAACAGCAUCUAUGGUGACCCCAACUAUAAAUGGUACAUAGGAUUGAAUCUCUUUAAUGGAUUUGCCUUGAACAAGAGCAUAAUUGAUGUCAUUGCCUCCAAUCUCACCCACCAAGACAAGGGCCCUCCUUAGCCUUCUUUCACAUCCUGAUAACAAGGAUAGCAUCAUCUUCAGAUUAUAUAUAUACAUAUAUAUAUAUAUAUACAUCCAUACACACAUAUAUAC